CGGCGUCGUGAAUUGAUCAAAAACAAACCAGCUUUAAGUGAAAUGUUGAAUUUAUUUGACUUCGAAGCUGUAGCUUCACAAGUUUCGAAGGCUGAGGCGUGGGCAUAUUACAACUCUGCCGCAGAUGAUGAAAUCACUCAUCGAGAAAAUCAUAAUGCUUUUCAUCGUAUUUGGUUUCGCCCUCGAGUCAUGAGAGAUGUAACUCAUGUGGAUAUGAGCACAAAAAUUCUAGGGCAUUAUUCUUCUUUUCCAUUAUAUAUAACAGCUACUGCAUUGGGAAAGCUUGGACAUCCCGAGGGUGAAGCUAAUUUGACUCGAGCUGCAUAUUCACAUAAAAUUAUUCAAAUGGUACCUACUCUUUCAUCAUGUUCAAUGGAUGAGAUUGAAAAUGCUCGUGGAAAAGGGCAAGUUCUAUUUUUUCAAUUAUAUGUGAAUCAAAACAAAGAUAUAACACGGAGAGUCAUUCAGAAUGCUGAAGCGAUAGGUUGCAAGGCACUUUUCAUUACUGUGGAUGCACCGCAAUUGGGUCGUCGUGAAAAGGAUAUGCGCAUGAAAUAUGUUAAUGCACCGCCAGACAUUCAGGAAGAAAAGGAUUUAGAUCGUGAUCAGGGUGCUGCACGAGCUAUCUCUUCUUUUAUCGAUCCAAGCUUAAACUGGAACGAUCUAGAAUGGUUCAGAUCUGUUACAUCUAUGCCUAUUGUUCUCAAAGGUAUUCAGACUCUCGAAGAUGCAAUACUUGCGGUAAAGUAUGGAUGUGAUGGUAUAGUUCUUUCUAAUCAUGGAGGUCGUCAACUUGAUUUUGCUCGUUCUGGUAUAGAAAUUCUUCCUGAGGUUGUCGAAGGUUUAAAGAAACAAGGCUUAUUAAAUAAAGUUGAAAUAUACGUAGACGGAGGCAUCCGCCGUGGAACAGACAUUAUUAAAGCAAUUGCAUUAGGUGCAAAAGCUGUUGGAAUUGGGAGACCACUACUUUACGCUAUGUCUUCAUAUGGACAAGCUGGCGUUGAACGCGCUUUAAAAUUAUUAAAAGAGGAAGUAGCGGUUGGUAUGCGUCUAUUAGGUGCCAAUACGCUUGCGGACAUUAGUCCCGACAUGGUAGAUAUCAAAAAUUUAGCAACUCAUGUAUAUACACCAAAAGAUUAUUUAUAUUCAAAUGUGUACGAGAGGAUUGUUCCUAGGCGAAGCAAGUUAUGA